CUGUUCUCGAGGGGAUGUGGGGAGGACAAGAGGUUUCAGACGCUUGGCCUCCGGGAUUCGAGGCCAAGGGUUGCGUUGGUUCGAUCUCGGCAUCCUGAGUCGAAGGUUUCUUGCUGUUAUAAAAAAUCUGGAGUGCUUAACCUUUGGGACUGCUGGACCAUUCACGCUGCCCGUUCGACAGUCGUGAUGGUGAUACAACAUGCCCAUGAAGUCGACCAUAGAGUAUGCUUUGAAGUCUCUCUUUUAUUUGAACAUUUCAUUUACUCAUGCACUUGAAAAUCUUAAUUUGCAUCAUUCUCUGUUGGGAUCCGAAGCUGCACAUGUAGCUUACUUUUCAAAGAGAAAAAGGUAUGGACUUGCAUUAAUGUUUACACGGAGCCCAUCAAUAUCAAAUGAUGCAAGUACAUACACAGUUAUAAAUUCGUAUGGUAGAGUAAUGCAAGUGAUUAGGCUCCUUUGACUAAUUGUUUCCUCAAAAAAAAUUGUAUGUUAGAGGUGAGGUUGAUAUAGCUUAUUUCACUAUUAUAAAUUUUUAACCAGUGCUUGGAAUAUAUUUGGAAGAAAAACCAGUGUUCAUAUGAUGAUUUGUUUCAUUUUUUUAAUUCACAACUUCAUAUGUUAAAUUGACUCACCUUGUUACUUAAUUUUUUUCAAUCAAAUUUUGCUGCAUCUCAUGUAUUUGCUUGGAGUGAAUUUUUCAAGUUGCAACUUCAUGGGUUCGUUGAAUUUUUCUUUUCUCCUGAUAGCUGGACUUUUCAUUUGACUUCUUAUGCUAUUAUUUGAAUUUGAGUUCCCAGUAGAUCUGAGAUGACUCUUGGUACUGCUAUACACUAGGGAUAAAAUUUCAAUAAUAAGACUUUUCCUUUUUCGAUACUAUCCAUUUAUUAAUUGUUGUCUAUAAUGUUGUGUCAUGUAGCUUCAUCCGCAGAGUCACAAAACUUUAAUGCCUCAGUUGAUGAAGCCCUCAUCUUAAAGAGGAAAGCGGAAGAUAUUACCUCCUCCUUAAACGGGCGUUGUAUAUAUCUAGUUGGAAUGAUGGGUUCUGGUAAGACUACAGUGGGGAAGAUUCUAUCAGAAGUAUUAGGAUAUUCCUUUUUUGACAGUGACAAGCUGGUGGAGCAAGCUGUUGGUGUACCUUCUGUUGCCCAGAUAUUUAAGGAGUACAGUGAGGCAUUCUUUAGAGACAAUGGAAGUGAAGUGCUAAGGGACUUGUCAAAAAUGCAUCGGUUAGUAGUUGCAACUGGAGGUGGUGCUGUUAUUCGACCAGUUAACUGGAAAUACAUGCAACAGGGGAUAACUGUCUGGUUGGAUGUGCCACUGGAAGCUCUUGCAAGGCGGAUUGCUGCUGUAGGAACUGCCUCUCGGCCUCUUUUGCAUCAAGAGCCUGGUGAUCCUUAUACAAAGGCUUUUGUGCGGCUCUCCACACUCUCUGAAGAAAGGGGGGAAGCCUAUGCCAAUGCUGAUGCAAGAGUUUGCCUUCAAACUAUUGCGGCAAAACAAGGUCAUGAUGAUGUUUCUUCGCUCACACCCACUGCUAUUGCGGUUGAGGCACUUAUAAGGAUCGAGAGCUUUCUUACUGGGAAAGCAUCUGUUGGACGAUUGUCAUAUCUUCAGGGUUGAAGAAUUGAGGCAACCCCAGAUCAUGUGUUGUGCUAGUACUUUUUAACAUAGUUUAUGUAAAUGAUCAAACUUAUGAGUGGAGGAGUUUUAAUUUAUAUGUAUUCCCCAAAUCUUCUUUCAUGAUUGUGGCUGUAGACAAUCAAAAUAGUUUAUUUUUAAUGGCUGUGAGGUGAAGUGGCCUAUAUCUGUUGCAAUUGUCUGCAAAUUGACAAAAUUCUUAGGUACAAAAGAAUGUAUGCAAUUUCUAGCCGUUGC